AUCCCCUAAAAUCUUUUCAAUUUUGAUCCCGUACUUCUUACCAGUAAUAUUUAUUAUUUAUUAUUAUUUUGUACAUUAAUUUUCUUCUCUUUCUCUCUUCAGCCCUUCUCUCCCCCUUUCGCCCUCAGCUCACGAAGGGAUUCUCCCAUUAAUGCUCGAGGAUCCAUACCGGUCGAAGGUUUCGAUCAAAGAAUUUAUUAUUAUUACCCUUCGAUUUAUCUCCUCCCGGCGAACGCUUUCAGAAUGUAGGUAUUUUUAGGGUUUCAGGUGAUACGGUGAUGCGUGGUUGAUUCUAUUCGCUUGAUAUUUCUUGUCUCGAUUGGAGAAAGUAGGGAUGUCGGGACCGCUCGAUCGAUUCGCUAGGCCUUGUUUUGAGGGGUUUUCUAGUCAUGAUGAAAGAAGAGAACGGAAAUCUGAUUUUGAAAAUUCAGAGGAUGAAAGGAGGACGAGAAUUGGGUCCCUAAAGAAGAAAGCAAUAAAUGCAUCAACUAAAUUCAGACAUUCUCUUAAGAAAAAGAGCAGUAGGAGGAAAAGCGAUGGCCGAGUCGUUUCAGUUUCAAUAGAGGAUGUCCGGGAUGUAGAGGAGCUACAGGCUGUAGAUGCAUUUCGACAAGCUCUUCUAUUGGAUGAAUUGCUGCCUGAAAGACAUGAUGAUUAUCACAUGAUGUUAAGAUUUUUGAAAGCAAGAAAGUUUGAUAUUGAGAAAGCGAAACACAUGUGGGCUGAAAUGCUUCAGUGGAGAAAGGAUUUUGGUACUGACACUGUUAUGGAGGACUUUGAGUUCAAAGAGUUGAAUGAAGUUUUACAGUACUACCCUCAUGGCCAUCAUGGCGUGGAUAAGGAAGGAAGACCUGUAUACAUUGAAAGAUUAGGAAAAGUUGAUCCAAACAAGCUCAUGCAAGUGACAAACAUGGAUCGGUACGUGAAAUACCAUGUGCAGGAAUUUGAGAAGAGCUUUGCAAUCAAGUUUCCAGCAUGCUCAAUUGCUGCAAAAAGGCACAUUGAUUCGAGUACAACAAUUCUUGAUGUUCAAGGCGUGAGUUUAAAGAAUUUCAGCAAAGCUGCUCGAGAACUCAUUAUGCGGCUGCAGAAGGUUGAUAAUGACAACUACCCUGAGACACUUUAUCGGAUGUUUAUCAUCAAUGCUGGUCCUGGUUUUAGGCUUCUAUGGAGCACUGUGAAGACUUUUCUGGAUCCAAAAACAACUUCCAAGAUUCAUGUUCUUGGCAACAAAUACCAGAGCAAGUUGCUUGAAAUAAUUGAUGCCAGUGAAUUGCCAGACUUUCUUGGUGGUAGCUGUAACUGUGCAGAUCAGGGUGGUUGCCUAAGGUCUGAUAAAGGACCAUGGAAGGAUCCAAGCAUAUUGAAGAUGGUUCUUAAUGGGAAGAUAAUUGCUUAUGCUAGACCACACUAUCCAACUCAGAUAAAAGGUGGUGACACAUCAACUGCUGAGUCUGGGUCUGAAGCUGAGGACAUUGCUUCCCCUAAAGCAAUGAGAAGUUAUUCACAUACCCGUUUGACGCCUGUUCAUGAAGAAGCUAAGGUAGCUGGAAAGGCAAGUUACAAUGCUUGCUUGUCGGAGUACGAUGAAUAUGUGCCCAUGGUUGACAAAGCUGUGGAUGCUGGAUGGAAGAAACAAGUAUCCUUUCAAAGGUCUUCUUCCAAAGGCAUAUACCCUUCACCUGAAACUCAAAAGGCUCCAGAAGGAAUUCGAGCUCAGUUUUUCAGAGUAUUUAUGGCAUUUGUCAUGAUGCUAUAUGCUCUCUUCCAUUCACUGAAGUCCCGUGUAUUGAAGAAGCUUCCUGAUCCAUCAAGUUGUGACCCCAAAGUUUCCAACUUCACACCUGAUCCAGUAUCCAAGGAAGAGUUUCGCCCUCCUUCACCAACUCCAGGAUUUACAGAGACAGACCUCCUCUCAUCCGUGCUGUUGAGACUUGGGGAGUUGGAGGAGAAGGUAGACAUGCUUCAAGCAAAGCCAAUUGAAAUGCCUUAUGAUAAAGAAGAGCUGUUAAAUGCUGCUGUUUGCCGUGUUGAUGCAUUGGAAGCAGAGCUUAUUUCCACAAAGAAGGCUUUGCAUGAAGCUCUAAUGAGACAAGAAGAACUACUUGCCUACAUAGACCGUCAAGAAGAAGCCAAAUUCCGAAAAAAGAAGUUUUGCUGGUGAAUGGGAGGUUGCACCGGAAAGGUUCUGAUGCAGAUUUGCAUACGAGCAGCAGACAAUGUAUUCCUUGACAUUUCCAUAUAUACAUUUGAGAAGAGCAUGAAUAGGCCAUAUUGAUGUCCACUUGUCACCUUUUACUGUCCUGAGGAAUGCAGAAUCUGAUGAAAAUAAAUUUACAUUAAUUAUAUGUUAUCACACCUUUUUGUUUUCUUUUCUUUGCGUUCAAAGUGUUAUUUGAGUUCAUAUACUUCGAAAGAGUAAUGUAAGAAAAUGAAGUAUGUUGUGAAAGAGCCUUUCAUUGCUUGAAGUUGUGAGAUUCGGUUUAUUUACUUUA